AUUGCUCCUUUCCUUUCUUCAUGUUCCAUCGUCAGCGUCCCUUGUUUUACGUUAUUCUCCCUUUCACUUGUUCGUUCUCCGUUUUAUUGUUUCAUCUUCCGUGUGAUGUUUGCGUUUGGCCUGGAUGGAACAGGUGGUGGGGUUGAUUCGACCGUCGCUGUCACCAUUCUCUGCACCUGUCAGGUUUCGUAUGUUCAUGUUUUCUGAAUUCUCGUCAUAUCUGAUGGUAUCCUUACUGCUUUAGCUUAGUGAUCUGAUAUCUCAUUUUCUUUCAACGUCGCAAUUGCCAUUCAUUUUGUCCACGUUUUCGCCAUUGAAAUCUCCUUCGAUUCCGCAUUCUGUUGCCCUUUCCCUAAUAGCCUUCGGUCUCGCCUACGAUUUCGCCAACGAUUUCGCAUUCGGUUUCGCCUUCGAGUUCGCCUUCGGGUUCGCCUUCGAGUUCGCCUUCGGUUUCGCCCUGCUCAUGCCCUGCGGAUGUGCUGAGGAAUGGUAUGCGCCCUGCUCAUGCCCACCGCCCUUCCUCCAUGUUGUUACUUUCUGUGGGGAACUCCCUCCUGGCCCAUUUCCUUGCUGGGGUACGCUGCCUUUUGGUCCCAAGUUCUUUCUAUCCUGAAUGUCUUGUUCUCCCUGUUUCUAUUUUUACAGAAUAGUGUUGACCAAGGGUGUUCAUUUUGACACCCCUCUGUUGCUUGCAAUGCCCACCCGUGGCAGCAUGACUGACGGUUCUGGGCAGCAGCGACUUUUUAUUCUUAUUGGGACCGAUUUUGUCUUUGGAAUGGUGCUGGUGUUUUCUGCUUGAUAUGCUCGACGAUUGCAUGGUGCUUUUUGCACCGGUAAUGUUGAAUUGUAAUUGUAUCUGCGGAUCAUAAAUGCAUAAUGUAUUU